GGACGGUGAAGGAAGACGCAGUAGCGUGGGCGUGUGCAGCUUCCGUGAAAGGGUCCUGUGCGGUCUUGAGAACAGGUGUUGGGGAAAGUGUUGGAGGACGGAUCGACGGAGGAUUCGAAGGACGGACGACAAAUGACUGAGGCGUUUCCCAGGGAGACGGUGGAGAGACACCUCCUGGCCCGAGGUGCACUGAGGGAGACUCUGGCCGCAACCAUCAGUCUUUGAGAGCGUAGUGGUGAUCCUCCUGUGGCUGUUGGUGUUGGACGAAUGUGUGACUGCUCUCAGCCUAUGUAAUUAUAGCGUGACGGGUUUUCUUUCUGUGCUUUAUUUACAGCAGCAGCCUAGCAAUAGGCGCGCAGCGCAGCGCUGGUCUGGUUGUGUACACAGUCAGCAGACGGGAAGGAGCCACCAAUCUUUUCCUUCUUUCGUACCUUCUGCUUUUACCACGCGAUAUUUGGGUACCUAGGAAGAAGAAUCCGGAAUAAAUAUGUGAUAUCUUAAUUUCUUUGUUUAGCUCUCGCCUGGGAGAGAGAGAGUGGUGCUCGUCAAGCUUUCAACACGCUACACAAGCUACAGAUAUGGCGGCGGCGUCCUUGUCUGCUCCCGCUGGCCAAUUGUACGUCGCUGUCUCUGGUUCGUCCAUCUCGUCAUUACGCCAUGAUUCUUCCACUGCGUCCUGCGCCGCGACGAUGGCCUGUUGUCACGACGUGCGCCCAGCCCGUGUUUCGCCUCUCUCUUCUGACGUCGAUGCUCGGAGCUCAUGCAGGAUCGCGUUGCCUGGUCUAAACGCAUUCCAUGGCCUGCGCAGCUGCAAAGAUUAUCUUCUGUCUCCUGUUGGCGGCACAAGAAGCCUGUCCUUUGCAGAGCAGAUGGAGUCGCUGCGUCGUCCCUCGACAAUGCGUCCCAGCAGAGGGGUUGUCUCUUGCGAAACAGGGAUGAAGCUCGUGUUUGUCUCGGCCGAGGUAGGGCCUUGGAGCAAGACGGGUGGCCUCGGCGAUGUAUUGGCUGGAUUACCGGCCGCGCUUGUUGCCCGUGGCCAUCGGGUGAUGACGGUGGCUCCUCGCUAUGAUCAGUACAGGGACGCUUGGGACACCGAUGUCACGGCGGACGUUGUGGUGGGUGGGAGGACAGAGACCGUGCGGUUCUUCCACUGCCGYAAACGUGGKGUCGACCGYGUUUUCGUGGACCAUCCUCUCUUCCUCGCCAAGGUAUGGGGCAAAACGGGCAGCAAGAUCUACGGAGAGACAACUGGCAAAGAUUACCCCGACAAUCAGCUGCGCUUCAGUCUGUUCAAUCAGGCGGCCAUUGAGGCUGUACGAGUUCUCACCUUCAACGACGGCAGCAACCCUCGCUUCCAGGGUCCCUAUGGCGAGGAUGUGAUCUUUGUGGCGAAUGACUGGCACAGCGCGCUUGUUCCUUGCUACCUCAAGAGCAARUACAGACCRCGCGGGGAGUUCCUGAAYGCCAAGGUUGCCUUCUGCGUGCACAACGUUCUUUAUCAGGGCCGUUUUGCUGCGGCGGACUUCGACCUCCUCAACCUCGGGGAGGAGCUGCGGCCCUCCUUCAGCUUUCUUGACGGAUACAAGAAGCCUGUCGUUGGACCCAAGAUCAACUGGAUGAAGGCAGGGUCCGAGGAGGCAGAUAUGCUGCUCACCGUAAGCCCUAACUAUGCCAAGGAGUUGGUUUCUGGGGAAGACAAGGGCAUGGAGCUCAAUUACGUGGUGGAGAGGAGGGGUAUUCUCGGCAUCGUGAACGGGAUGGACGUGCAAGAGUGGGACCCCGCGUCCGACAGGUACCUUGAAGUCAAUUACGACGUUUCCAACGUUCUGGAAGUCAAGCCUGGACUGAAGGAGCUUCUCCAGGGUGAGGUGGGGCUACCUGUUCGUCCGGACGUGCCGCUGCUCGCCUUCAUCGGCAGACUAGAGGAACAGAAGGGCUCGGAUGUGCUGUGCGCGGCUCUUCCCAAGCUGAUGCAGGGGGAGAACGAGCUGCAGAUGGUCGUGCUGGGAACAGGGAAGAAGACGUUUGAGUCGGAGUUGAAGGCCUUGGAGCAGCGGUACCCGGAGAGGUUCCGUGCCGUGUGCAUGUUCAAUGCCCCUCUGGCGCAUCUGCUCACGGCUGGGGCGGACUUCAUGGUCAUUCCCAGCCGGUUCGAGCCUUGCGGCCUCAUUCAGCUACACGCCAUGCGGUAUGGCACGGUACCAAUCGUUUCUGCCACGGGAGGACUCGUUGAUACGGUGACCGAAGGGGUGACCGGAUUUCUCAUGGGGGACUCUUCGUUCGAUGUCCGCUGCGACCGCGUCGAUCCGACAGAUGUUGCGAAGGUGGYGGAAGCCGUGCGCAGAGCGACCGAGGUGUAUGGCACACCCGAGUUCGAGUCCAUGAUCCUGGCAGACAUGGCCCAAGAUCUAUCCUGGAAGGAACCUGCGAGGCAAUGGGAGGAAGCGUUGCUCAGCUUGCAUGUCGUUGGUGCCCACCCGGGAGUGGACGGAGAGGAGAUCGCCCCGAAGGCAUUGGAGAACGUUGCCACGCCCUGAUGACUCAGGGCAAGCUUGGAGUGUUGAGGAAUUCCCUAACCGCGUGUGCGUGCGAGUGGAAGGCGACCAGGUCCUUCACAGCCGCACCACAAGAGUGUGGGGGACCUGCCUGAAUGCUAGAGGUAGUGUUCCCAGGUUGAAUGGGGCCAAGGACUGGCCAAAGGGGGGGAGAAGGAACGGUAGUAGUGUAGUGUACUUGUUGCUCCAUUCUUCUGAGCAGGACAGCACUGAGUAUUUUCAUGCAUACGAAGGAUUUGCGUCUUUUACCUGUCCUUGAAAGUUUAUGGAUAGAUAGUUUUAAAAGUAGAUGUAAGACACAUGUUGAUAUGAAGAUCGUGGUGCAAGGGAACUCCAGGGAUUCGCGGGGGUUCCUUUUGCCCGUCGUGUAUUCUGUAUUGGACGUUUCAUUUGGGCCUCUGUUUUGUUCGUUCAUGAUAUCAUGAGGAUAUAAGUUAUACAUGGAAUGAAUGAUGCCAGUAAAUCUGCGUUUGCCAG